AUGUCCGUACGGAAACCUCCAAUAUCAAUAGAGGAGCUUCUUGAGAAAAAACGGGAAGCUCAAGAGGUAAUCUCCAAGCCACAGUUUCUGACUAAGGCUGAGCGCCAGCGGCUUGCAUUGGAGAGAAGGUCUAAUCAGGUGAAGCAGAUACAGAAACCAAAGGCAUUAAACUUAGCUGGAGGAAAAAACGAGCAUGUGAUCCCACCGCAGACUUCUAAGAGUAAGGUGGUGAAGCCAAGCGUGAGAGGGAGCAGAAAUUUCAAGUUCGAAUGGAGUGAUGAUGAGGAUACUUCUAAUGGCUAUCGUCCCCUGAUACUGUCUACUACCACUGAGAAACUGGACCCUAUAUCGCGCUUGAAAGUGGAGAAUAGCUCACAUUGGUCGAAGAAACGGCUUGAGGAUAUGACGAAACGGGAUUGGAGGAUUUUGAAGGAAGAUUUUAGUAUUUCUUCGAAGGGCGGAAAUAUCCCCAAUCCGUUCAGAUCGUGGGAUGAAACAGGUGUGAAUCCUCUGAUAUUGAAGGCUAUCAAGAGACUUGCUUAUGACCAACCAACCCCCAUCCAAAGAGCUUCUAUACCGAUUGGACUGACUGGACGUGAUGUUAUUGGAAUUGCUGAAACGGGUUCUGGUAAGACUCUCUCUUUUCUGAUACCCAUUCUGAACUACAUUAUGAAUGUUCCGCAAUUGAAUGAAUCUAACAGAACGGAUGGCCCUUACUGCCUGGUCCUGGUGCCUACCAGAGAACUCGCGCUGCAAAUAGAAAAGGAGUUCUUGAAGUUUGUGUCCUUGGAUUUACCCCUAAGGGUGGCCAGUCUGAUUGGUGGGCAUACUCUCGGGGAAAACAUCAAUAAGAUAGCGCAGGGUGUAGAAGUGAUAGUGGCUACCCCAGGAAGAUUGGUGGAUUGCUUGGAGAGAAGCGUACUGGUUUUGAACCAAUGCUUCUUCCUUGUUAUGGAUGAAGCUGAUAAAAUGAUAAACCUUGGGUUUGAACAGCAGGUACAGCAGAUUCUGAAAAGCCUGCCUCCUGGCCAUAGCAACCCAUUUGGCAAGCAGGAUCAAAGAAAACGCACAACCAUGAUGUUCACAGCAACGAUGCCUCCUGCUAUCGAGUCCUUGACAAAAGAAUUUUUAGACCAGCCCGCUACAGUGAUGGUUGGUGAUGUUGGUGAUGCUGUUGACACUGUCGUGCAGGAGGUAGAGUUCAUCAAAACCGAAGAAAAACGACUUGAUAGACUGAUUUCUGUCCUAAAUACAGGCUCAUUUGGUCCUCCAAUAAUUGUUUUUACGAAUUACAAGAAGACCUGCGAGCUAAUUGCUGAGAGACUGCAGGCAGAGAACUGGAGGCCAGCCGUCAUGCAUGGCUCAAAAUCCCAAGAACAAAGAGAAACGGCCAUCCAGCAGAUACGAGACAGCAAAUGCGAUAUUUUGGUAGCUACAGAUGUUGCUGGGCGUGGUAUUGAUAUUCAGGAUGUUUCGCUGGUUGUCAAUUUCCAGAUGGCGAGGUCGAUAGAGGACUAUACCCACAGGAUAGGUAGAACGGGUAGAGCAGGAAAAACUGGUACUGCAUUGACAUUUCUCGGUGAUGAGGACAAUGAUGUUCUUUAUGACUUGAAGACGAUGAUUAUCAAGAGUCCUGUGAGCAAAUGUCCCGAGGAGUUGAGAAGAAGCGAAGGCGCUCAGCGGAAACAGUCUAAUAUUGUUUCCUAA